AGCACCAGCUGGUUGUUAGUUUUGUUUUGUCACAGCUGAAACAGUCAAGUAGCUGUAGUAAAAUAGCAAGUGCGACGUAUAGGUUUUGCGACUCGGGUGGUGGUUCGGUGGUGAAUCUGUUUUUCCAUUUCCAUUAUUAAAGUGACAUUAGUGUGAGAUUAGUCAACCACCAAAUCAGUUUCAUAUUUCAUCAUCAAUAACGAGAGCAGAACAGAAAAGUUGAACAGCGAAAAAAUUUCCGCUGCGUCCGAUCGAUUCAGUAGUAGGAACUGCGGCAGAAACAGUCAGAUGGCCAUCAGCAUGGCUUCGGAAGGUGGAGCCCCGGAGAAUUUUCACAUCUCGUACGGAAAUGACGAUGACGACUCCAAUUUGAGUGUAGGCUCCGUACGAUGUCCCCUCUGCAGCUACUCCAAGCGCCACUUUCACUGUAGAAACUGCAUUCGAAAUGGUGACUUUCUGCACUCAUCUCAUCAUCUGCUGGAGAGGUUUUCGGAGAAGCAACUACGCUACAAAAAUCUCAAAUCCGCUCACGUAACGCUGGAAAAUAAAUGCGUCCAUUUGAUGGCCCGUCGAAGGCUAAGCUGUCAGCUGCGAGCUGAGAUUAAGGCAAAGUCGGAGAACAUUGCCAACAUUCGGAAGCUGAUGGCCGAGAAGAGGGAAAAUGUUUCACGCUUGCACGCGCUGAAAAAGGAACUACACGAGUCAAACCGAAUGCUUGGAAUAAAACUUCCUCGCUGUGAGGAUCAGGUGAAGGUGAUUGGCGAUUAUGUUCUUUCGAAGCUGGAGAAAAGUGCACUUCGGCGGGAAUCACUGAUGGAGCUGCAGAAACAGCUAAAGCAACUUAAGCGGGACGAUAUCGAAAAGCUGAUCAAAUACAUUUUUCCAGUUUCGCAAGCUAUCAGCAAUAAGAAUAGUUUUUCUAGCAGCGACGGAGAGAGUAGAAACACGAUCAAUGAAAUUUCUGAAGCGACCAGAACAGCAUACGUACGAGGAAAGUGGAUCCUGCAGGAUAGUUUCGGUGAAAAACAGCACAUAAUUGUUGCUCCGGCAUUGCCUGGUAAUGGAAACUAUUCCGCGUACAACGACUGGGCCACGGUUAACCCGGCCACGGAUGUAUCUUCUGUAGGUAAGAAUGAAGACCCUACGAAGAAUAUGGCCAGUAGAAAUCCCGCACACACAAUAGCUGCCGCGCUUACCUACACUACUCAGCUGGUACAGAUUAUAUGCUUCUAUCUUGACAUCCGCCUGCCGUACAAAGUCUCCUAUAAUGAUUUUUGCACCACAGCUCUCUCGGAGACACAGUUCAAUCGGAAGGUAGCUCGUUUGAAUGCAAACAUUCUCUACCUAUGCUACACACAAGGUUGUCGUUUAACUGAACUUCGUCCAACACAUACUCUGGAGAAUGUCCAGCGGUUGCUAAAUCCGUCCCAUGCGGAUUUGGGCCGGCUGGGACCGAUGGACAGAAACUUCUGCUUGAACGAGCAGCUCGAUGCAGCGUUGACGCAGCAUCUGGGCACAGGUGAAGAUUCCGACUCGGAUGGCGAAUCCAACUUACAGCACGAAUGGGAAGCGGUUCCAAACAAUCUUCCACCGUCGGUGGAAACAGAUACUCUACAUCUGACGGGAACUGCUGGAACCGGUGCACUGCCCUACAGUAAUACUCAUCGAUACCAGGCACACCAUCAUUAUAACCACCACCCACACAAUAAUCCAGUAACGACGACGAGUCUCGUGACCAGUGCUGUCGCUUCCGUCACCUCGUUGUGGAAGGGUUGGACCGGGAAGUAAAUGUGAUUUCGGGCUUUCAAGGUGGACGCAAGAGCACGCGUAACAUGUGAUAAGAAACUGGAAAAUAACCGGAUUACGUAUGGCUCCCAUUCAAAGCUGAGCAGAUGAAUUUAAGGCCUGCCUGGUCUCUAGCCACUAUAUAUUUUUUUAUUUCCUUGACAUACCGAUCAAAUAAAACUAGAUUACAUUUUCUA